UCAAAUGAGGAGUCAAUUAUCGAAAAAGUUGAUGAGAAUUCGCUAUUGGACGAAAUUCGAUUGCCAUCAGUAAACAUUAAUAACAAAACAUCAGAGGAGUUCCCUGAUACAAAUAUAAUCGAGGCAUUUAACGAAUAUCAAAAAAAGAUACCAAAAACUCGCAAGACUUUGACCCCUGCGUAUUGGGGAAUAUUAGAUUUGACGAAGGAGAGUCUCAAAAACUCAGGUAUAAAGGAUAUGGAUAUACAAAAAUUAUCUCAGGAUUUUUCAAACAAAAUUGGAUGGAAUGGUGUUACAGUCCCAAAAGAAAUUCAAGUAUAUUUCGACAGGAAUUGUGUUGAUGUCGAUAAUAUCGAUGUCAUCAAAAAAUUAGACAGGAACGUCCAAUUCAUGAUAGAUAAAUUGCCCAAGCUACAAAAGACGUGCACCGAAGAAGAGCUAAAAAUGUCAACAACAUUUCCAUUGUUUUCAGGAAUUUUCGAUUCGCCGAAUAUAAAUAAUUCUUGGGGUGAAAUUCAAGCAAUCUCGACAAAUAAAGCAUGGAAUGAAGAACAAAAUCCCUUCACGAAGGCUAGAAUUGGACACAAGGUUGACAUGAAAGGAACUUUG